GGCGCAGGGGAGGGGUGGGAAUGGGGGGGACCCGGCAGGAGAAAGGGCAGAGAGGCGGGCGUUAAAGGAAACGUUUGAGCCAUCUGGUCCCGAGCUCCCGAAAACGCGGGGCGGGGAUCCAGGCAGGGCGGGGGCUUGGGGUGGGCUGUUACCGGUAGGCUGGACCUUCCGGGAUUGGAGUGAAUGGGUUGUCGGUUUGAAAGGGUAUACCCCGCCAUCCCGGCUGAGUUCGUUGAUGAGCUUGGGCCUCCCCCGAAUGGAACUUUGUUAAGACGGAGCUCACAGUGGGAGGAGGCGAGUCGCGCGGCUUCUGAUUGGAGACCCGCUCCGUAGGAGUCUUUCCACAGAGAUCCAAUUUAGGCGAUCUGGUGGGAGGGAGGGCUGUCAGUAUGUGGAGUAAUUCUUCUGGAGCCCUUGUUUGGCGGGGCGAGGAUCACCGAGGAAUCUAGCGGAAAUGGAACCUCCCAGGACCGGGAUCCCAGAGAACCCCGGGGAGGCUUCUACAGGGACAAAGGUCCCAGAAGGCUCGAGCCUUGGGAGAGCUGUGACCUCCGCAAUCCAGUCUAGGCAGGUGCCCGGCAGGGCCCGAGUGGUCAAGGCGGCUGCAGCGGGAGGACCCGGCUCCGAGCGGCCAGCUGGGGGCGCCCUUUCGAGAAAAGGCCCGUGGCCUACCGGGAGCCGCAGGCGGACCAUGAAGGGCGGAGUCCUGGGGGAGGAGCUGGCCCUCACUCCCCACUCCCCUGUUCCCCCUUUACCCCAGGCCGGAGCCUGGGAUCCCCCAGGGACUCCCUGGAACCACCGCUUUCCCCAUGGACUUCCCUGGGGACUCCAGCCCUUCUAGACAGUCAAACCUGUGCCGCCAGCCCCUAGCUCGAGCAUUAUGGGAAGCCAGGAGCCCGAAAAGACCGAAGCUGCAGCACUUGGGGACUCCUUCGCCCCUGGAAAAGGCCUCUCGGAGGGUCCUGGCCGUGGUGCUGGAAGAUGUCAUGGCUACAAACAGGGUCCCCCUGGCAUACCAAGAGGAGACCUCCAGCCGGAUGCAUCACAACAGUCAUCCAGAUUCUGUCUGCAGACAGUCACCAGCUUUACCACCCCAGCAGGUCAAGUGGCCCUUACAAGCUAGGCCUCCUGACCCACUGCAUUUGUGCCGAGAACCCUUAAGCCGCAUCCACCAGUCCUCUCCCACCUUGAGGAUGAGCUCAAGGGCAGCCUCUGGCCCAGAAGAGAGCCCUUCACAGAAGGUGGACCAGGUCACCCAGCCCACCCUAGUGGUGGUACUGGAAGACAUUGCCAACUCCAGACAACCAGUUGAGGGUUUGGCUGAAGAUGGGCCCAGCUUCAUUGUCCCAGCACAAAGCUCCUUCAGAAGUCUUAGGGGCCAGGAGAAACACUGGCCUAGGAGGGACCUGGACUUGGAAGCACCCCCAACUCUUACUUUGUCCCCUCACCCCAGAGCUGAGCCUAUGACAAAAGUUCAUCAGCCAAUGCCUGCGUCCAGAGAACUAGACCCUCCAUUCCAGCCGUCCACUCUGCCUGCGGACCCUCCAGAGAGCCCACUACCAGCCCCAGAUCCUGCUCUGGAGGCCCCAUUGACCCCACCACCGUCCAGCCUUUUACGCCCCCGUCUCAGUCCCUGGGGCUUGGCCCCUCUCUUCCGUUCCGUCCGAUCCAAGCUUGAGAGCUUCGCUGACAUCUUCCUCACGCCUAACAAAGCACCACAGCCUCCACCCCCAUCACCUCCCAUGAAAUUGGAGUUGAAGAUUGCUAUCUCAGAGGCUGAGCAGUCCAGGGCUACUGAGAGAAUUGCAUCUGUCAGCCCCCGGCCCCCUAUCCGUCAGUGGCGGACUCAGGACAGUGCCCCACCACCUGUCCCUAAAUUAUCUCUGGGCCGAAGCUACUCCUGCCCUGAUCUGGGGCCCCCUGGCCCAGGUAGCUGUACCUGGCCUCCUGUUCCAUCCCAGCCAAGCCAGUCCAGGCCCCGGAGACAUACUGUGGGUUGUGGGGAGAUGACCCGGACCCCACCGCCUCCUCGGCCCUGUCUCCGGAAAGAGGUCUUCCCUCUUGGAGGAGUGGGAGUCUCACCUUCUCUCACUACAUCUUCCUCAUCCACUGCAUCCACUUCCUUCUUCUGCGAACCAGCAGAACCCAGAUUGGGUUCAACCAAGGGGAAGGAGUUAAAAGCCUCAAAGGACAAGGUGCUUUCUGACCCAGAGACCAAGACCACGGGAAAGGUUUCUGGAUUCAGAAUACGGAGGACGCCUGUCCGACUACAACCAAACCUUACACCAAUGGGGCUGCCUCGACCAGUCAGAUUGAACAAGAAGGAGUUUACUUUGGAAGAAAUUUAUACCAAUAAGAAUUACCAAUCACCAACAGCCAGAAGGACCUUUGAGACCAUCUUCGAGGAGCCGCGGGAGCGCAAUGGGACUCUGAUUUUUACCAGUUCUAGGAAACUCCGACGGGCUGUAGAAUUUCGGGACAGUAGCCUUCCUCGAUCCCGUCGACCAUCACGAGGGGCCCGCACUGCAGCUGGCAGGACCCUUACUCCUAACCUGGCACCCAGCCAGGACGUGGGACGUCUGCUGCAAGAACGGCUGCAGGAGCUAGAUGCCUUGCUCCUCGAGGAGGAGAGAGAUUGAGAACAGCCCUGUCAGCUCUAGGAGCUCUCACUAUUUGUCCAUCCGUCCUUCAGGGAGGGGGGAAAUCUCUGGGUCAAUUGUAUUUUUUUCUCUAUAUUUCUAUAAAGUUUUCAAUAUGU